AUGUCUACCUGGAGAGUCCGAGUCCUGAUGGCACUGUGCUUCCUGCGGCAGACUAGAGGUCAUGUUCAACUUCACCCUCCUCAAAAUGUUACACUACUGUCAAAGGAUUUUGACAUGAUUUUGACAUGGACUCCAGGAGAAGGGUCUCCACCAGAUGUGACAUACACUGUGAGGUAUGAAAGCCAAGAACGCAUGGACAAAUGGAUAAAGGUUCCUCAUUGCAAAAAUAUUCACAGAACCUCUUGCAAUCUGACUUGUGUGCUUCCCAACUUCUUUGUUAAAGUCCGAGCUCGAGUAAAAGCUGUUUCUGGACGAUUACAGUCACCAUGGGUAGAAUCACAAUUCAAGGAAUACCAUUUGGAUGUGGAACUGGCUCCCCCAGUGCUAAACGUGAAUGUAAAGGAGAACUUAAUCCAUGUGAAUGCCUCCUUCCCUUUGGCCACCUGUGUGGAGAGUUUCUCUUGGAUGUAUGACUUGAACCUUUGGGAAGCUGGAUCUGAAGACAAGAAGCAAUACGAAGGUAUCUUCAGGAAGAAUACAGUGACUAUCGACACCACUGCACUUAAAGGCAACUACUGUUUAAGUGCCAGAUCUUCCUUCCAAAGCAUUGACUUCAAGCACAGCAAAUUCUCCCAACCACUGUGUGUGCUAUUAAACCACAAAGUGGAAUGGAAGUUACCGUUUUCUGCCAUGAUCCCUGUGUUUGUCCUCCCCAUCCUUCUGACAAGCGCCUUCAUCAUCUGCUUGCUGAAACAAGAAGCUAAGCAAAAGAAGAUGCCUCGUGCUUUGGAUUUAUCACAUUUAAAAGCUGCUGGACCAGCCUUUCACUGUGAGCCCAGUGAAAAGGAAUUCUUCAGGGACUAUAUUAUCUGCACAGAGAAGCCAGUGUCACAAAGGAAGACGAACAAAACUUUAGCAAGAAACAACCUACCAUGGAUGGCUUCUUUCCUCUCAUCAUCAUCAUCAUCAUCAUCAUCAUCAGAAGAGGAGGAGGAGGAAGAGGAAGAAGACAGCAGUACUUUCAUCCCAUACACUGAAAUGCCUCAGUUUCCAAAGAGACAUCUCAACUGUCAAGCAUCCAGAACAGCUGAGGGGGAAACUGGCUUGGACUCCGUAUCUGGAGGUCUCUCUAUGGACUGUGAAUCUGUGCUUGACCUAAGUACCUUGGGUUUCUCAUUCUUUCCAAUGAGACAGAAUGAGGUGGACACCUCAGGAUCCCAAGGAGAUGAGAUGGUAUCCCUUUCUCACAGUUCCUCUUUGGGAAGAAUAUCCCUCACUGAUGUGAGAUUCCCAGGUCCCAGGGAACAGCAUGAUAGAGACAGGGAUUGCCAGACAGAAUGCCUGGAAAUGACAGCUCUUCAAACACGGACGGAGGGGAUUUGUGCCAAACUUCCAGCUGAUGAGCACUACCUGUGUAGGAAGGCUCUUCAUUUCACCAAGUGUUACAAGAAACCAACAGUUGAUCUGCAUGUCCAGAUUGGUGAGGAUCCCAGCACCAAGCUGCUCAUUUCCUUUCAGACAUUACAGGUGGCAGAAGAUGAAGGUAUUGCAAGUGACUGUGACAGCGAUAAUUUUAUUGAAGGGACACCUCCUGCAUCCACCAUGCUAAGUGACACAUUUGAAACUUCAAAUAUGGAGGAAAAAUAUGAUCACAAGCUUAAAUUCAAAGGCUACGAGCACACGCAUUACAUGGGAAGGAGCUAG